GAUGUCUUGGAGAAAACCAAAAGUAAUUCAUUAAGAAAGUGGAAAUGGCUAUGAAAUAAGAGGAUUCGUUGAACCAACAUUCAAAAGAGUUCCUCAUUGUCACAAUGAUGAUGAUAUCGAUGUAGACAUUCCAAAUGGUGACCUUGAAUUUGGUAAGAUAAUGUACGGAUAAGCAUGUGCUGGUUGUCAUGAUUUAGGUAUUCAUUAAUGUUUAAUUUUUUUAUAGAUAGUGAUCUUGAUCAAGGACCAGCUUUGAGAAAUGCUUUUUUAAGAAGACUAGGAUCAAAUAAGAAAUUUUCUAAUUAUGGAUGGGAUUUAAGAGCAAGAAGAUUGUAUUGGACGAGGAAAUUGUUAUGGGAUUUCUUGUAAAACCCAGAGAAAAUGUUUUUAGAUACUAACAUGCAAUUUGAUGGAGUACAUAAAUAAUUAUAUUUAUAGAUUCAAGACCCAAGAACUUUAGGUAGUAUAAUUGACUACAUGUAAUAUUUAACAGUGUAUACUUAUGAUCACCGAGGGUCAAAAAGACCUAUCUUUUGAA